AUGCCUUCGCACGGUCAAUACACCACCGAAAAAGUCGAAUACCCUUCUCAUGGGGAGACUAUCAGCGGGAUCCUCUUUCACCCUACAGAUAUCAAGAACCCGCCCGGCGUCGUUAUCACGGGUCCAUAUUCUUUCGUGAAAGAGCAAGCGCCGUUUCAAUACGGAACUCGUCUCGCAGAUGAAGGAUAUGCGGCUUUGAUCUUCGACCCGCGCACUGUUGGUGACAGCACAGGCCAACCUCGACGACAGGAAAACCCAAAAAUGAAAAACGAAGACAUGGUUGCGGGUCUUGACUACCUAUCAACCCGCGGCGAUGUCGAUGCAUCUCAGCUCUUCCUAGUCGGGAUUUGUCAGGGUGGCCCCGAAUCCUUGGAUGUUGCAUCCUAUGAUGACCGGGUUGCGGGCGUGGCCUCAGUCUCUGGAUAUUUUCGCGACCACGAAACCGACAUCUACAUGAUCUGCGCUGGGUGUGUUGCCUGGACACCUGGCGCAGAUAUCUCGGCGAUGAAAAUGCCCACACCUGAGCAGGGAGAAGCCUUGUAUAAAGCACGAAUCGAGCGAGCUAAACAAGCUCGUGAAUUAUAUGAGAAGACCGGCGAAGUAGUGUACCAGCCUUUGGUUGAUCCGAAGCCCGCCGAUCCCGAGACUGGGUCGCUGGCCGGUCUUCCAGGCCCAGUUGUGUGGUCCUGGUAUGGUCCAUGGACAUUGAAGGAAUUUGAAAACCGAUACGCGGUGAUGAGUGACCUUGACCACUUUGACUAUACUACCGUUCCUGGCGUGGCGAAGUUGAACAAGCCCGCGCUGCUGAUCCAUGGCGACAACUGUAUGAAUGCAGCGGCUGCGAAGCGCCACUACGAGUCCAUUCCUACAAGCCAGAAAAAGUUGAUCUGGAACAACGAGGUUUCCCAUUUUCAGCACUAUGACCAGCCGGAUUGCGUCGAUCGUAACGUGGGAGACAUUGCAGCUUGGUUCGCCAGCAAUAAAUAG